UGUCGAGGUAAACAUUACAUCGUAAAAUAAAAUUGAGGAACUUUGUAAAACGUAUGCAUUUAAACCAAGGUAUAUCAAUAAAGACAAACAUAAUUGCAAGACUGUGGAAGACAUUCGUAUGAGUAUAUCGCGGCCCUCUGUUUGGUUUUGGCCAAAGUGACACGAAAAAGUUCAGCGGAUAGAAAGAAAACAUGGCCCGCUCAGACAGUGAUGGUUCACCGAGCUAUCGAUCCAGGAAAUACUCUCAAUCCUCUUCUGAUGAUUCUAACCACAGAAGUCAAAGGUCACCAAAAAGGAAACGUUCAAGGUCAUAUUCGAGGUCACCAGACAGGAAUAAAAAGAACACAUCAAACAGUGGUAAAAUAUUCAGAGACAGUACUUCUUCAGAUAGUAGGUCAAAGUCAAGGUCACCAAUGUGUCGUAGAAAAGAAUUUGCAGGUUCUCGUGAACGAGACUCAAAAAUCAUGGACAGAAACACUAAAAUCAGAGACAGAUCUUAUACUAGGUCAAGGAGUAGAUCACCUAUAGCCAGAAAUAGGUCACCUGUUCAAAGAACUAGGUCGCCUGUUGAAAGAAAUAGGUCGCCUUUCCAAAGAAAUAGGUCGCCUGAUCAAAGAACUAGGUCACCUGUUCAAAGAAAUAGGUCGCCUGUUCAAAGAAAUAGGUCACCUGUUCAAAGAAAUCGGUCACCAGCUUGGAAUGACAGGACAAGGUUACCAAUACUGAAAGGACGUGAGUCAAAUGAAGAUCAGGUGGGGAGAAGCAAUAAUGAAAAUGGGUAUGGUGGGAGACAUAAAGACAGGGAGUUGCAGUAUGACGUUUUUGAAAGGCGGAGGACAGACAGAGAGAGGAUUUGUGCACUGGGAGCCCCUGAAGUCUGGGGCAGAUCACCCUCGCCACAACACUCAGAAUCUGAUGAUUCAGAAGACACUGAUGAAAGUGAGGACGCCUCGGGGACUGAUUCCAGCUCAGAAGAAGAACGAAGGAAAAAGAAAAAAAAGAAGAAGUCAUCAAAGAAAAAGAAGCACAAAAAGCACAGUAAAAAGGGAAAGAAGUCCAAGCACAAGUCUAAGAAGCGAAAGCAAAAAAAGAAGGCUGAGGAGUCUGACUCGGAAAGCAAAGAUUCGGAGGUCGAAGAAGACCAGUGGGUGGAGGUCGUGAAAAAACCCGAACCCGAAGUAGCAACACAGCAGAUGGCAGCGCACUCUGAUGACGACGCGGAAGAUGAGUUUGGUCCGAAGCCUUUCGUUCCUACGGCACCUGGAUUGACCCAGAAAGAUUUCGGCCAUGCGCUGUUGCCAGGUGAAGGUGCGGCCAUGGCGGCCUACAUUGCAGAAGGCAAACGUAUCCCCCGCAGAGGAGAGAUCGGUCUCACGCCUGAUGAGAUUACGCAAUACGAGGACCAGGGAUUCGUGAUGAGCGGUAGCAGGCAUCGUCGAAUGGAGGCCGUGCGUCUGCGCAAGGAAAAUCAGAUCUACAGCGCGGACGAGAAGCGGGCCCUGGCAAACUUCAACCACGAGGAACGCACGAAACGCGAGACCAAGAUCCUCUCCCAACUGAGGGAGAUGGUCCGCAAGAAAAUGGACGCUCGCAAAUGAGUGUUAGACAUGGGAGCCUGCUCUGAGGAAACGGGCUGUAUGCAUGUCGUAAAGUGUCGUCCCAGAUAAGCCUGUGCAGUCCACACAGUCUUAUCAGAGACGACACUUUCCACUUCUAUGGUAAUUUCUGUUUUAAGGAAGUCUAUAAUUGCUUCAAUUAUGCAGUUUAGGAGGAAAGUAUUGUCCCUGAUAAGCCAGUGCAGACUUCAUGAUGCGGAUAUGCGUUUUAUCCCGUUUUCCGAAAGCGAGGCUCCGUGGAAUUGUGGAAUUCAUGACUCAGGAUUGAGCUGUUCGACUGUUUGUAUGCAUUCAAGUUACCUAUAGGAGGGUAUAUGAUGAAGUAUUGAGGUUCAGAAAUAAGAAUUAAAUGUGGAAUUGUGGAGUUGUGACUCAAGAUUGAGCUUGUGAACUUUUUGUAUGCAUUAAAGAAGGGAUUUAGCUAGACAAAAAAAAGGCAGGACGGGAGCUUAAAUUGGCAGGGUGACCUCUUUGGUGUAAUAAUGCUCUUUCCACUUAUGAACUUAUGUUCAAUCACCCUUUCAGCAUAAUGCCAUCAGGUUUAUUUUUAUUAGCUCAUCUAUUUUUUGAAAAAAAAUUAUGAGCUAUUGUCAUCACCUUGGCGUUUCGAUCCACUUCUUAAGUAUCAAGGCUAUUGCUUUCAAACUUCAAAUACUUUCAUGCUAUCAUGAGGUUACUGUACCUGGCAAGUUGAAAUUUACCUUGACCUUUGAAUGACCUUGACUCUCAAGGUCAAAUUAUUAAAUUUUGCUAAAAUUGCCAUAACUUCUUUAUUUAUGAUUAGAUUUGAUUGAUAAUUUGACAAA